AUGUCCACAUUGUUUUCUACAUAUUAUUUUCUGUUCGUCUAUCUAUCUAUCUAUCUAUCUAUCUAUCUAUCUAUCUAUCUAUCUAUCUAUCUCACACUGUUCAUAUCUAUCUAUUUAUAUCUAUAUCGAUUUCACACUGUCUGUCUGCCUGUUGACCUUUUCUAUUCGCAUCUAUCAGUCUAUCUAUCGGUCUAUCUCUUUGUUUCUUUAAAAGCAAAGAAAAAAAAGAAAUACCCCCUUCCUCUCUCUUUCUCUCUCUCUCUCUUUCUCUCUCAUGAUUCGAAAUCAUUUUUAUCAUUUCUUCACCAUUUUCUUUUUUCAAAGAAAAAUUCUUGUCUGACUCGUUCUCUUUGUUUUUUUCUUCUUCUUCUUCUUCUUCUUGAAAAAAGAAAGAAUACGAUAAGUUUUUUGUUCACCGCCCUCCCCGAUUUCCUAUCUACUUCCUUAAGUGGUCCGCUUAUUAAAAAAACAACAAAAAAAUGUUUAAAAUACUUACUCCCGAAAACUGAUUCUAUCUAUCUAUCUCUCUCCCUCUCUCUCUCUCUCUCUCUCUAUCUAUCUAUCUAUCUAUCUAUCUAUCUAUCUAUCUAUCUAUCAGGAAUUCUCUCUCUUUCAUACAUCCCUUUCUUCUCUCUCUUAUUGCUUAUUUCUCCCGUUCACUUAUUUUCCCUCGCUUGUUAUCUCAUGAAACUCUCUCUCACUCUCUCUCUAUCGGUGAGUCUAUCUGUUUAUGAAAAAAAAAAAGGAAAAAUAUUCCCCCUUCUCUCUCUCUUCUUCCCUAUUCCUCCCCUUCAUUUUCUCCUUAUUUUCCCUCCCUUCUUAUCUCAUAUAACGCCCUUUAGUAGGGUGUGGUUAUUCUCGUCCAAUGAAAUGCCUUCGAAAAACUUUUUAUUCUUACUUUAUUCUUACCUUCCCUUUCUCUCUCUCUCUCUCUCUCUCUCUCUCUCUCUCUCUCUAUCUCUCUCUCUUAUAUUGGUCUAUCUAUCCAUCUAUCUCUCUGUUUCCUUAAAAGAUAAGGAAAAAAAUGUUUCCUCUCUUUUAUACAAUCUUUCUUUCUCUCUCUUUACGCCUCAUUUUCCCCUUCACUACUUUCCCUCCCUUCUAUCUAUCUAUCUAUCUAUCUAUCUAUCUAUCUAUCUAUCUAUCUAUCUAUCUAUCUUUUAA